UUUUUCUGGAUGGGUUUUGCUUGCUCUUGGUUGGAUCAUCGUACACCCGUCAAAAAAUGAGAUUUUUACUGAUGACCUUGGGAUUUUGGUUGUAUUCGAUGAUCGAUUCGUGAUGUUUUCUCUUGUUCUUCCUUGUUUUUCGCUUGAUUUGAGUACUUUUUUUUUGGUUGGUGUUGGCUGAUAUACACCUUGGAGUGAAGGUGAUGGAUGAUUUGGCCUCUUGUGCGUUGGUUAAUUAUUGUUACAGUGAGGGUGGUAUAGAGGAUGAGCAAAAUAAAGUAUAAGACCAUCGGUCUAUGGUGAGAUUGCAGUUAUCGCAGUUGUUAACUGGUGGUUUAUGUGGAGUUUUGAGAUUGACAAGUAUUAAGAUGAAAAGUGGUAGUAAAUUUCCUGUUAACCAGCAUUAUGUGAAUCACUUUAUUCAGUAGUUUCUGAUGAUACGAAAAGAAUAUAUUCGACCUUUAUUCAUGUCAUGGGUGGGAAGGGCUGAAGUGUUGUUCAUCCAACAUUUUAGUUAGAUGGAGCAAUACUAAGAUCAUUAGAGAAAUGACUGUGCCACUUAGUUCUUUGAGUAACUACGGACAAAUUCAUAUUAUAUAACUUUAUAGUGCAGGACGCUUGGAGUGCUGAUUUUGAAAGUAGUUCUUUGGACUUAGAAGUUUUAUCAAUAUUUUUUGGGUAAAUCUGACAAUUACCAUCCUAAUUGUGAGUUACAUGCCAUCCAAAUCUCUACUUGUGUUAAGUAUUAUAAUGGUAGCUGAUGAAUCGUUUAAUCUUUAGAAAAACUCUCUAAUGGUGUAACAUAUAUAUGAAUUUGUUCAUUGUGACGUUUAAGCAAAUAAGUUGGUUGCAUUGACCGAUGCUAAUUCAAACUUAAGUCUAAAACUAUCCAUGUGGUUGGAUUUAUUGGUUUUGUAUCUACGAGUAGGAGACUUAGCCACCUUUGGUUAUAGGGUUCACUUAAUCUAUACUAAGUAAUCUUCUUGCAGAAAGAUAUACCAUCCAAUGAAAAGGGGUUAGGAUUGCAUUGCCCUUGUAGAGAGUUCUCUUAAGAUCAAGGAAUUCAACAACUAUCAUGUGACUCACAAUUAGUACAUUAUUUAGACUAGGUUGAGUGAAUUUAGCAAUGAAAGCAGCAAGCUUGUGCAGGGUGAAUCUUAGAAUCAUCAUGUACUCAGAAUCUUCUGGUAACUUGUGUUUCUAUUUUAACAAGGCUUUUUCCUAAAAGGAGCUGUUUUCUGUGUUAGGUACAACAAUUUAGUUUGCAUGUAAGUGUCCAUUGAACUGGAAUAAUAUAUAUUUCUCAUCAAAUCUCCUUUGCUGGAUUCUGUUGGACUUGUAGGCACCUCCCCAUCCAUCAUCGGAAGUAUGCAUGUUUGCAUGUAUCUUCCAUCUAAAUUCUGUCCAUAAGGGAAAUCAUGGUUGAUGACUUUGCCCAGGGUUUUGGUUUGGCAACUUUCCCCAAUCCAUCAUUUGUCCAUGACUUCAUUUGUUUUGCACUGGGAGAGGGAUCUCAAGUUGAAGGCAUUUGCACAAUUAGAAUGGCAAAAGGAUUAAUAUGGGCAACCACUGAAGACUUGGCAAGGAACCGAGCAAAGGUUUUGUCAUUGUACCGUCAGAUCUUGAGAAGCCUCAACUCCCCAGAACUCCCACUCACCCAUGCGGCUCGUCUCGCCAAGAAAGCAGAGGUCCACAGCAUCUUCUUGUUCGGAGCUGAAGAACGUUCUCUCCACAACAUUGCUGACCUCAUUGAUGCUGCUAAUUACUCCCUUUCCAUCCUUAAGCAGGGCCGCCUCCCAUAGUGUACAAAUUUAUUAAGGAUUUGAAAUAUGCUGACACGCAUGAGUGGGUUAAAGUUGAUAGCUCUUCUGCAAUGAUAGGAAUAACCAGGUAUCCUCAGGAUCACUUGGGUGAUGUUGUAUAUGUUGAAUUGCCAUAAGUUUCUGGAGCUGUGGCUCAGGGAAAGAAUUUUGGUGCAGUUGAAAGUGUGAAGGCAACCAGGAAGGUCAAUUCUCCAGUUUCUGGAGAAGUGGUUGAGGUCAACACUGAGCCAAAUGGUUCUCCUGGAUUGAUGAGUUCUUUAGACAAGUUGUUUUCCACCAGUACUUUAUUUAAGAGAAACAAUGCCUUCACCUAGUUGUCAUGUUAUUUUUGGGAACCAUACACAUAUGAGCAAGCCAGAAUGCCUUUUCCCAGUUUAUACAGUCUCUUUGUGUGUCAUGUACGCAUAAUGCAAGUCCUAAUCAAACUAGCUUUACUAACAGUUAUUCCAUCAGUCUAUGUUGUGAUAGAUAUUAUCAAGA